GCCCACUGACUUCGUCUCCACUCUCCAGUUUCUCUACAUCGACGGAGCGUCGAUCGUUCUCCGACGUCCGGCCGUCUCCCUGCGCAAGGCUGGUGUCCACGCCUUCGUCUCGCCGUCCCCGACCUCAAGAUGCCCUUCGUUAUCGAUGAGGAGGUCCACUGACAGAGAAUCGAUGGAGAGAAACUUUUCUGGGUUCGCCGGCGAGUUCUUGAUUCCGGCCACGGCGGUGAGCAAGACUGAUGCUGGUAACUUGGACUUGGUCUCGUCGACGUCCCUGUGCCUUCAGCUUGCAGAGAUGAGGUCCGGUGAGAGAGAAUCAAAGGGAGGAAGAUUUCUGAGUUUCCCGACGUUGUUCUUGGUUUUCCGGCGAGCUUCGAAUUCGGUUCAGCUUCGAGUUCGGCGUCAGGUGCUUAGAAACCACCAACAUCAGGUCCGGGGUGUGACACUAGCCAAUCUGAGGACUACUACAAACAUCCGCUCCCAGAUGCGGCCAACCACCACCGCUGUUGUUCACCGCCACAAGUUUCAGAUAUACUCGCGGCGGCUGCGGCGGGUUUGGGAUGUUCAAUGGACCCGAUUUGGCCCUUCUAUUUGUGUCGGUGGAUAUACAAGGAAAAUCGGUAGAAAAUACCCCCGUGAUGUUGAAGUAAUGAGCUUGAAGCAGUCCAACUUGGGGCAUCAUGAAAGUGAUGUUGUUCAAAGAAGCAGCGAGAUGUGUUAA